AUGUCUGCUGAUAUAUCUGGGUCGUCGCUACCGUCCCGGAUAGCAUCGUUGGUUCAUGCACAUUUCGAUGCUCUGCCAACGCGCAGUAAACCAACCAUAUUUCCGGAUGGAUCAAGGGAAUGGAUUCCAAUGACUGGUAUUGUGGCUGUUAAAGGAGAAAACACACCCUCGGAAAGUCUGACCUGCAUAUCUGUCACGACGGGCGCAAAAUGCUUGCCGGCAUCUCAUAUCCCACGCUGCAGGGGCCUUGUCCUACAUGACUGUCAUGCCGAGAUAUUGGCCAUCCGAGCAUUCAACUAUUGGCUUUUGACGGAAUGUAACAGUGUGCUAUUUCGGGAAAAGCAAUUCCCAAAUGGCCAUGACAAUUCCGCCCCCGAUAAUGAAAAAGUCUCGGGCUCUCCAUUCAUACAGCGGAGAAAACUUGAAGAGAAUGAAGAUGGUACUUCCAAAUUACGCACAGAAUGGCCGCCUUUUGAGCUUCAGCCUGACAUUAAUAUCUACAUGUAUUGCACAUGUGCUCCAUGCGGCGACGCAAGUAUGGAGCUCUGCAUGGCAGCCCAAGAAGAUGCAACACCGUGGGAAGUCCUACAGCAAGAAGGCCCUUUACCAAAAUCUCAAGACGCAGAGGUCCCUGGUGCAGAGACCCUUCUAGAUGGCCGGGCCCACUUCUCUCUUCUCGGAGUCGUGCGUCGAAAGCCAGCUCGCAUGGACGCCGAGUCCACACGCAGCAAGUCCUGCUCAGAUAAGCUUGCAUUGCGGCAGGUUUCCUCCUUGUUGUCUUGUAAUACCAGUCGCCUCGUUGCUCCCACCGAAAACGCCUAUCUCGCAGGUCUGAUUCUUCCUGAGGAUGAGAUCAGUCAAGUUGGCUGUGACCGCUCCUUUGGCGAGAACGGCCGGAUGCAGGCUUUGCGUGGGCGAUCUUGGCCUAGUGAGACCAAGUUUCAAGAAAGCACGCCAGGGUAUCGAUUCCGGUCAUUUCAGGUUCUUUCGGUGCCAAGUGAAGAGGUGGCGACACUUUGGCCUUUUGCGAAGCAGAAGUCCGUGCCUUGUCCUGCGUUAUCUUUGGAGCAGGAAGGAGACCCUUCAACGCCUGGUGCAAGAUCUAGUAAGUCCCGACCAGGUAAUGUGAGCGCCGUUUGGAUAUUGGCUCCCUCGUAUCACCACCCGUCGGCAAUGACCAUGGAUAGCGGCAGCAAGUCAGUGCCAACCCUUUGCCGUUCCAAAACCGGUUUGUAUGAGACUAUCAUCAACGGAGUGAAGCAAGGAAACCGGGCAUCCUCGCCUGGUGCCCGUGGGGCCUCUUCUCUAUCACGGGCUAAGCUUUGGGCUCUUUUUCGCGAAAUUUCGCCUGCCUCGGUUCCACGUAUCUAUCCAGCCGAUUUUCCCCCAGCCGAAUCGCUAGCGGGUGCUGCGGAAAUUGAAGCUUCGCACGUCAAUACAGUUCAACACCACAUGCCAGAUAUAACCACCUACCAGGAUUUCAAAAAUCCUAGCAGCUUGGAAGACCCAUUGCACAUCCGUAUGCAGGCCAUCGGAGAUGCGAAACUGGUUCUCAAGGGAUGGGUGCCUAAUUCAGGAGAUGAAUAUUGGGCCUUAGAUGUUUUAGUUGACCCCAAAAAACGAAAGCGUUGA